AUUGGAACAGGACCCGCUUUGUUCAACAGUAGGGGAGGGCAGACGAGCCCGAAUCGUUCACUUCAAUCUUCAAGAGCGGACUCUCCUGUCUUAUCUUCGUCUAUCUGUAACGUGUCUUUUAAACAUUUGUCUUUGGUGGAUUCUAUCGAGGGAUGUCAAAGCGAGUACGAAGCAGAGAGGUCUGCGCUGACUGCAGUGCUCCGGAGCCACGCUGGGCCUCUGUUAAUAGGGGUGUUUUGAUCUGUGAUGAGUGCUGCAGCAUCCACAGAGGUCUUGGGCGACACAGCUCUCAAGUCCGACAUUUGACUCAUUCGUCAUGGCCAUCUUCUCAGCUACAGAUGGUCCAGACACUGUAUGGCAAUGGAGCUAAUUCCAUAUGGGAGCACUGCCUUCUGGAUCCUUCUUCCUCAACAACCGGGAAGCGCAAAGCCAACCCUCAGGACAGAGUACAUCCCAACAAGACGGAGUUCAUCAAGGGCAAAUACCAGAUGUUGGCAUAUGUCCAUCGGAUGCCUUGUCGGGAGGAUGACAGUGUUACCGCAAAAGACCUCAGCAAGCAACUUCAUUCCAGCGUUCGGACUGGAAACCUGGAGACCUGCCUCAGACUCUUAUCUUUGGGAGCACAGGCCAACUUCUUCCAUCCAGAGAAAGGAAACACCCCACUGCACAUAGCGGCAAAAGCAGGACAGAUGUUACAGGCUGAACUGUUGGCAGUUUAUGGAGCUGAUCCCGGAGCUCUGGACUCCAGCGGGAAGACCCCCAUUGAUUAUGCAAGACAAGCUGGGCACCAGGAGCUGGCAGAGCGGCUGGUGGAGAUCCAGUAUGAACUCACUGACCGAUUAACAUUUUACCUCUGUGGGAGAAGACCAGAUCACAGAAACGGGCAACACUUCAUCAUUCCACAGAUGGCAGACAGCAGCCUGGAUUUGUCAGAGUUUGCAAAAGCUGCAAAGAAGAAGCUCCAGUCGCUAAGUAACCAUCAGUUUGAAGAACUUGCUAUGGAUGUUUAUGACGAAGUGGACAGAAGAGAAACGGAUGCAGUGUGGUUGGCCACCCAGAACCACAGCACACUUGUAACAGACACCACAGUUGUGCCUUUCCUGCCUGUCAACCCCGAGUACUCGUCCACCAGAAACCAGGGUCGUCAGAAACUGGCACGGUUUAGUGCUCAUGAAUUUGCCACACUGGUUAUCGAUAUUCUAACUGAUGCUAAACGGCGGCAGUGGGGUAAUUCCUGUGACAGUCCCAAAGAUAAUGUGGAGCUGAUCCUUCAGGGAAUCAACAGUCGCCAUAACAGCGAGAGCCAAGACAACGACCAGCCGGAUUACGACAGUGUGGCGUCAGAUGAGGAUCCGGUGCAAGAGGCAACCUGUGGGGACAGCUGCAAUGAUAGAAGGACCAAGAGUUCAGAGUCAUCUGACCUCUCUGAUGGGCCAAUCACAGUGCAGGAAUUUUUGGAGGUAAAGACCGCCCUCACUGCGUCCGAAGCCAAAAUACAACAGCUUCUAAAAGUCAACUGUCACCUGAGUGAAGAGCUGCGGAUGAUGCAGAGCAAGCUGAGCUCCCUGCAGACUGAAAACACAUCGCUGCGAUGGCAGACCCCCAGUGGACAGCAGCAGCCCCAGGGGCCCUGCGGUCGACACCCACCCCGCGGAGGUCGCGCCAUGUCCAUGUAUGAGACGGGCUCCACUCCGAGGCAGUCCCCCCACCGCGUCGACACGGCUCGGCAUGAGGACGGAGUCAUUUUACAACCUUUCCCGACUAAUAUUGGGAGGGGUCCUUUGGGGACGGCUGCUUCCUCCCUCCCUACCUUCCCCUCUUCCCUGUCCUGGUCGUGGGAUGAGAGAUCUCGAAGGGGCUGUAGUCUGGAGGGACAGAAUAUCAUGCUGGAGAAUGACUACGACAUGACGCCCAACCACUCUGAACUGGACGAGGCUGGCAGCCCUCUGCCAGGGUCUGACGCAGGCGAGCCGGGGGAAGAUGGUGAGCGAGAUGCCACCCUGCCGUGCACAGAGGACGUUAUCUGUAAGACGGAGCAGAUCACUAAGAACAUACAAGAGCUUCUGAGAGCUGCACAGGAGACCAAACAUGAAAGCUUCCUGCCUUGUUCAGAAAAAAUCUGUGUGGCUGUGACUGAGAUGGCCGCCCUUUUUCCCAAGAGGCCGUCGUCAGAGACCGUGCGCGGGUCUCUGUGUCUGCUCACAUCGAGCGCCAGCCGGCUCCACGGAGAGUGCCAGAAGGCCGCGGAUCACAGUCCCUGCCCGGCGGACAUCCAGCUGGUCACUCAGCAGGUCAUCCAGUGCGCCUAUGACAUUGCCAAAGCUGCCAAGCAACUUGUCACUGUGACAACCAAAGAAAACAACAACUAAUAACUGAACCCCAAAGACAUUCCUGAUACACCCCAAAUACAGUUUAACGGUGUUGCUAAUUUUCCAAUUAAUUAGUGUUAACACUAUUUUUUUCCCCCUAAAUUAUCUGUAGGCUCACAUACAUUCCUAAAGUUGAGAAAACAUUAAAAAAGAAAAAAGAUCAACCAUUCAAAGUUAACGAUUAAUAAAAACAUUAGUUUUAUUUAGUUGUCUUUGUAUCAAGGUUAUAGGUAGUGAACGUCAUCUUUAAAAGUAGGACCGAAUCUGAUUCUACUCUUAACCUCACGAUGUGAAAGUAGUUGAAUCCACCAAA